AUGUCAUAUGUUGAGUUAAUAAGAGCACGAAAAAAAGUACAAAAAUCAUUGUAUCAAUUUAUGAUUUAUAAAGAAAAUGCUUCAAGAAAAUAUAAUGGAAUAAAUAAAUUUAUAUCUGAAUAUUCUAAAUUUAAAAUAUUUAUAAAAACAAUUUUUCCAUUUACUAGAUCUGAAACAAAUUAUAAAGCUGAAACAUUUUAUCAAAAAAUUUAUGAAGAAGGAACAAGAGAAAAUUCAAUAGCAAAAGUUUUAAUAUCAUUUAUAAUGCUUCAAUUUAUAGGAUUAUUAAUGUACUCAAUUACAGCAUUUAAAUAUGCUAUUUUUCCUCAAAAAGCUGGUGUUUAUAUUGGUAUAAUAAUUCAGAUAGUUAUAUGUUUAAAUAUUUUUUCAAAAUUUUCUCGUUGUGUUAUAAUGUUAUCAAUUCCAUCAUUAAUAACAAGUAAAAUAAGACAAAUUAUAUUAUUAUUAUUAAUCUUAUGGGCUUUUCAAAAUUGUGCCAUGAAUAUAACUAAAAAUUUUCAACAAACAGCUGAAGGUAUUUCAUGUAUUCAAAAUAGAAUUAUUAUUGUUGUUAAAGAAGUAAUGAAAUCUAUAAAUUCACUUCUUGGAGAUAAAAUGAUUGAAGAUGUGGUAGAAAUUAUUAAACAAAUUCUUAAUCCUAUGGAAAUUUUUAAAAAAAAUAUUGGUGAUUUAUCUGAUAUAAUAUCAAAAAUGACAAAUUUUUUUAGUAAUGAAUCACAUAUUUUAAAAAAAGCUCAAGAUCUUUGUGAUGAAUCACUUGUAGGACCAGAAAAUAAGUGUCGAAAUUUUGUUAAUGAAUCAAUAAAUUAUUGUGAAAAAAAAUAUUGGAAGAUUUUUUGUUAUCCAAUAAAAGUAUUAUAUGGAAGUUGUAGUUUUAUUUCUGUUAUUGUUUCUCACUGUAAUAUGCCUACUAAAGUUAUUCAAUACGUAAAUAGUGGUGUUAAUAAUAUGAUAAUUUCAGCAACUAAUAAGACAAUUAAUUCAUUGAAAAAUAAUGGAAAACUUAAAAUAUUUGGAGAAAUAACUGAUAAUACAAUAAAAAGUUUAAGUAGUGGACAUUUAAUAAAAGAUUUUGGAAUAGAAUUUGCAGCUAAUUAUAAUUCACAUCAUAAAAAUGAUGUUGAUUUAAUUAAACUUCAAGAAAUGAUUAAAAAAGAAUUUGAAUUUUUUGUAAAAUUACUUUAUUACAUUGAAGUUUUUUUAAAUUCUGCAAUAUAUUUUGUUGUUUUUGAGGGAAUAUUUUGGUCUGUAAUAUAUUUAUAUAAAUUUCUUACACGAGAAAAACAUGAUAAUCAUUAUAUAGGGCAACGAUUCAUUGAGAUGGAUAUACAAAGAGAAAUUCAAGGAAUGAGUUGUAUUUUACCCUUAUUAUAUCGUGAAAAAAUUAUUUAUAUAAAAAGUUUUCAAAAAAAAUUAACAAAAUCAGAAAGAAGAUGGACAUAUUUUAGAUUAAUAUUAACAAUUUUUAGUGGAAUUAUACCAUUUUUUUUAGUUUUAAUGGAUAUUAUAAUUUAUAAUUCAUUUGAAAUGAUUUUUCAUUUUUUAACAGAUGAUACAUUUUUUGAAUUUCCAAGUUUAUAUAAAUUUAAAGUUUCUGGAAAUGGUAUGUUUGCAGAGUUAUUAAAUAAAAUUUUAGAUAUAUUUGAACCAGUUUCAAAUAUAACAAAAAAGAAAGACAAUAUGUGGACACAAUGUCUUGUUGAACCAAGUCCUCCAAACUAUGAUUUAUUUGAAAAAAUGUUUUAUCUUUAUCUUUUUUGUUUCUUUUUAUGUCCAGCAGAAUGUUAUCUCAAAAGAUUUCGCCAUGUAAUUGCAUCAUCUUACUAUCAAUCACGCAUUCAACCAAGACUUUUAUAUUUAUACAAUGAAAUUUUAGAAAAAAGAAGAUGUUCAAUUCAACAAGCAAUUAUGGUAACAAAACAAAUGGAUGAUCAAAUUAAACUUAUAAAAGAUCAUAGAGGAAAAGGCAAAAAAAAGAAUCUUUUAAAUAAAGCUCUUCCAUCAUUAACGAAAGAUUUAUAUUGUUGUACAAAAUGUUCAAGAAAAGAUUUAAAGAUAUCUGAUGAAUUCAAUACCAGAAUCUGUGUAAAUUGUCAUUCUGUUUAUUGUAUUGAUUGUUAUACAAUAAGAAAAAGAUGUAUUGAUUGUAACUAUACACUUCAAGUUAUGACACAUCAAAUAGAAUUUUAUCAUGAUAGUAGUGGUGAUGAUAGUGAAGAUGAUACUUCAUCAUCAAUAUCAUCUUCAUCAUAA